UUCAGAUGCUCGAGAAAAAGACGUCGCGGAAAUCAGGCGUCAACAACCGAACAAGGUUCCUGUAAUAAUUGAAAGAUAUGAUGGCGAGCGAAGCUUACCAUUGAUGGAUCGCUGCAAAUUUCUGGUGCCCGAUCAUAUCACUGUGGCUGAACUUAUGCACAUCGUUCGACGCAGGCUGCAGCUUCAUCCUGAGCAAGCUUUCUUUCUACUAGUCAAUGAGAAAUCUGUGGUUUCGAAUUCCAUGACGAUGUCUCAGCUAUAUCAAACGGAUAGGGAUCAGGAUGGAUUUCUUUACGUUGUUUACACUAGCCAACCCGCUUUUGGUUCCUUCAAAGCCUUGUCUACGGAUUAUACCAUAACUGACAGCCAUUUAUUCUAA